UGGCUCUAUCCCCUAAGCUCAACAGCCACUCUCAGCCCAGAUGCAAGUUCAGCAGAAGACAAGACAGGACGCAAAGCAUCCUGAGCACUUGUCACUGCUGACAGCAGCACUCUGAUUCAUAGAAGGAAGUGGGGCAGGUUUGCAGAGUACCCAGCAGCUGCUCCCAGGACUGGCUCGUCCUCAUACGUAAAACUUCCUGCGAUGACACCGGAAAUACAAGUGCUGUCCCCACGACCACAGCCCCCUGGAGCCCGGGCCAGAGGGGAGCCAUGGACAGGCCCCGGGCCCUGGGCCUGCUCUGGGCGCUGCUGACUCUCUGCCUCACUGCUGGGACUCCGGAGGUGUGGCUGCAGGUUCAGAGGGAGGCCACCGAGGCCUCCUUCACCAUCCGCUGUGGAUUCCUGGGCUCGGGCUCCAUCUCCCUGGUGACUGUGAGCUAUGGGGGCCCUGACGGUGCUGGGGGGACCACGCUGGCUGUGCUGCACCCCACCCUCGGCACCAAGAACUGGAAAGCUGCCUGCCGGGCCCGCUGGGAAACCAGUACCAGCAUCUCCCUCACCUUGGAAAGGGCUCCCACCGCAGCGGGGGGCUCCAGUCCCAACACCACCUUCUGCUGCAAGUUCACGUCCUUCCCUGAGGGCUCCCAGGAGGCCUGUGGGAACCUGUCCCUCAGCACAGACCAAGAGCUCCCUGCUCCCAGUCCAGCCUCCGUGCUGCGGGCCGACCUGGCCGGGAUCCUGGGGGUCUCGGGGGUCCUCCUCUCUGGCUGCGUCUACCUUCUCUACCUCCUGCGUCGGCAGAGGCACUGGUCCGUCAUGAAGCUUCAGCCGCCGAGACACAGCAGUCCCCAGACAGACGGGAGAGCCAGUGCAGCCGGCCAAGCCUCCCUGACCUCCUUCCACGUCCCCUACGCCACCGCCGCCACCGCCACGACCUCCAACUACUUCAGCCCGGCAACCCUGCACCCGGUCCCCCAACCCCAGCCACUGCCUGGGUGGGUGCCGCCCCUCACCCACGCCCCGCGCCGACCCCAGAGCCCCGGCCCCUGGGCGCCCCCGCCGGCCUCCGCACGCAGCAGUUUCGUCUCGGUGGAGAACCGACUCUACGCUCAGGCGGAAAAGCGGCCGCUCCACGCCCGCGCCGACCGCAUCCCGCUCCCGGACAGUCUGGGGCGCAAAGCCGCUUUGGGGCCUUCAGGAGUGCGAUGAGAGGGACCCCGGGUCACUCUGCCUUUCUUCUCUCCGGGCCUCUGGGAACCCCCCUCUGUUGGAUGUCUGCGUUCUGGGGGCCACCGUCUUUGCACAGCUUGUUUUAUCCUUAGGCUUCCAGCGAGCGUCUCCACACAGACCCCGCGGGCUGCGGAUGUGGGCAGCACGUGUGCAAGCGUGGGCACGCGGGUGUAUGUGUGAGGCGACAAAACCCCAUCCCAGGUGGUUUCCUGUUUUCAAGUCCUCAGCUCCCCAGGUGAGGGCAAUAACUGUCAACAAAAAUGGUUUCUCUGA